GUGCUUUUAUCAAUUCAAGAAUUUCUAUUCCGUUGAUUGAAAUAGACGUUUCAUCCAGUAGCCCGUGAUGUUCUGGUGCAAGCACCCAGUACGUGGUUCAGCGAGGAGAGAGAAGAUUGUCAGCCGCAGUCAUCAGACCUACCACACUGGGUAUUUACCCUGUUCAAAGUUCCUUCGUUACUGGCUCCAAUUGCUUGUGAGUCCUGAAUUUCCCCACCCACGACACGAGAUUGAUCCGAACGAUUUCAUCCAUGUGGAUGAAAUCGUUCCUUGCGUUUGAGUUCAUGAUUGCGUUCUAUCUUUAAUGUUCUCUUGGAGACUGAAAGCUGAAAUCAUGUUCGGCUUAUCCUUCCUUAUGUUCUCUCUCAUAAUUCUUAAGCAGCUAAAACCAUGCACAUUAAGAGAAAGCCGUCUCUUUUGACUUACGAAAUUCCUUCCGAAAUUCCCAUCCAUAUUGGAAGAUGCGAGGAUCAUUGUGCUCAAAUUGUAUCGUACAGUAGCUAAAGGUUCUUAAGCUCACCAAACACAUUAGGCAGUGGCAAAGACUCCACUUUCUCCCUGAGAAAUUCUCAACGCCAGCCAAAUGAGAGUGAUAGCAUAGUGAAACUGAACGAAGUAACCGGACUAACCUCAAAUUGACAUACGACACUAGCGUAUGUGUCACAGUAAUGGCAGAAAAAUAUCGUUCUUGUUACACACACUAAUCGACAUAGGCUGAGACCUCACGCCGGAGUGCUUCGAUUGCGCGACAGGACUAACACAAUAGUCCUUGAUUUUCACAUUGUUCUUCUCCUCACUCGUUGUCGGUGUUGAGUGACC